AUGGCACCAAAAGCAACGUCAAGCGUACUGAGUCCUGCUCAGCAGGCCCAUGCCAUUCUUGAUCCCAUCUACCACGAAUGCAAGACGUUCUGGCGAGCACAUCGGAACAUUGACCGCGAGCAACUUCACGGGCAUCGAGUGAGCGCGGCCUUUGGUUCCGUCAAGGACUUUGUGACUGGAUCCGACGAUACUGGGGAUCGGGAUUGGCAGGAAAAGGUUCUCUUCUACGCGGAGCUUCUGAAGGGCGAGAUGGUACUUUAUGAGAAAGCGCGCGAUGCCAUCGAUUUGAAGGAAAAUGGUAGCUAUCGGCGAUUCAAGAAGUAUUUCAUGCGCGCCAUGAAACGGGCAGGCGUUGCGGAACAAGUGGAAGGGAUUCGCCGCGUUAUGGCGGAGAGUCCGGACGAUUACGAGGUGGAAGAGGCAGAUUGGCCCACAGAUCUUGCUCGUGGACCGCUGCGGUGGUGGCCUCUUGUCGGUGGCAAGAUGGCCAUGACCCUGGAUAAUAUCCGAGACUACGACGAGGCCGACUCUCCGCUCGCAUCCGUGGAGCCUGAGAGUCGGGAGGCAAGCCCGUCGUCUUCCCCGCCCCCCGCUCGCAGUACGCGUUCUCGCCGUAGCGUCGGGAAGCGCGCGGUCGAGGUUCUCUUGCCGAAACCCCAGCGCGCGCAUCAACGCGGUCAAGGGGGCCGGCAGCCGGGCGCAAUCCGUGUUGAAGUUCAGCAAAGCGACAGUGAUGAAGACGAGACGAAUGAAGGGGCGGUCGAGGAUAACGGCGCAAAUGCGGGAGGCGCGAACGACAACCUCGACAUAGGCGGCGACUCAGACGUGGAGGGCGACGACGACACCGCGAGUUCUCGCGGAACGGGGUCGGACGACGAGAUUCCGCCGGAAAUACGGGAGAAAUUCCAUCGUAUGUCCGGUACUAAGACUUACAACCUUCGCAACCCGCGGCGCACGCCCUAUAAGAUCGCGGUGGGCACGAUGGACACCCUGAAGGCUAUCAUCGCUCGACACACCGACGCAAACGGCAAAGUCAAGUCGCAUGCUACACUGGCGGAACUGGUGAAAUGCUUCGGCUGGUGGGGACUUCGGGAGGGCGCUCGCUUCAUUGAGCCGUGUAACAAGUGUCGGAAGGGUGGCUGGGAAUGUCUUGAUAAGAAUCGUAACGCCUGCGUCGCCUGUUUCGGAACGCGCGGGGCCUGUGCGGGAGGGAAGGCGCCGGAGGCAGACGAUGAUCGUGAGCCGCAAGGAGUGCGGCGUUUUUGGUUGAUAACACAGGCAGUGAGGUCGGGCGUGAUACCUGAAUGGCCGAAGAGUCUGAAUGCUAUCGGGGAGGUUAUUUCAGCAGAAGACGACUCGGCGGCGGAUGAAGGGGCGAGUAAACCUCGCAACCGCAAGGGUCGCGGCAAGCCGAAAGCGGCGCCGUCCGCAGACCACAAAUCCGAAUCACCGGCUGCGCCGCGCGCCCUCCCCGCGCAAGCUGGCUCAGACGCUCCGCCUGCUGGCGGAUCCGGCGCGCCACAAGAUGCCGAAGCCCGUGAUCUCGAUCGCUCGACAGGAAUGGAUCUGGAAAUGUCCGUCGACGAACCGAACGCGUCCGCCCCUCCCUCCGCCACUGCCGAUCUUGCCGAUCCUCCUGCGACAGGCGCUGGCGCCACAGCGUCUGCGCCGCCGGAUGCUGGCACGGGGGGGAACGAUGCAUUGCGCGCCUCUGCGGCCACGCAAGGUGAUAUGCCGCCCUAUGGUGCUCACGCGCGACACCGAAACUCUGCGCCACCGAAGCUGGACGACUCUCCGCCGCCACCGCUGCCGUCGGACGGGGACUCGCGUUCGCCCAGUCCCCAAACGCCGCUCGGACGGCGCGUGGCCCCCAUGGAACCCGAAAGUCCGCCCCCUCCUCGCGCGGCGCGCGACCAUCCGCGCAUUGUGUCAUUACCGUUGCAUCGUCCGGACGCCAAUCUGAAGCCGCCGAGCGUUAGCUGGGAGGACCUGGACGAGCUUCGUCGCCAGAAUGAGCAUCGAUUGUCUGAGAUGGAACGAAAGCUUUUGGAUGAGCGCGACCUGGCCAAGCAACGCCACGACACCUUGCACAUCGGCCUGUUAGGGUUUAAUGCGGGAGUGCAAGGCCUCACGAAUGUUGCUCUCUCCUCGCUGGAGAAUUCCCGUCGAGGCGCCGAUGCGUCUGUGAAGGCCGCCACACGUCAGGAAGACUUUUUGAAUUAUCAAAAGUCUUUCAUGGACAGUAUUGCCCCUCUGCUGGAUGCUCGUACUUCCUACGCGUCGAACUCGGCUGUGCGGGGGGGAACGCCCGCAGCUGCGUCACCCGGACCGUCGAAGAUGUUGGAAGAAGAGGUGAUGUCUUAUGUGCAGACUGCCGUUAACCGGACAGAGGAGUCGGUCAGUACUCUCUUCAAGCAAAAGAUGGACGCUUUACAGGCAAGAGCAAAGGAGGAUGCGCGGGUUCUACGGGAGCAUGCCGCGGAAAUCACGCGCGGGGCGUCCGCCAUGCGCGAGACCGUGAGCGCGGAGGCUGAUAGCCGCCGAGCUGAAAUUCAAGCGUUGGAAGAACGAAUGGCAAGUCGAAUGGAGGAGAAACUCGCGCAGCUGUCACUUUCUUCGGGUUUGCUUCCCCAAGCCGCCCACAAGCAAACUUCCUCGCCUCCACUCAUCCCAUCCUCCGUGGCGGCAGGCAAUGCUACUUUGCCGACAGGCGAUAAGGCUCAUGAAGCAGUAGCGGAAGAAGAUACGCGGCCUUCUUCGGGGUCGGGCGGGGCACCCAAUGGCGGCGAUCCGUCACCGGUCGUUCAAAACUCCGACGCAUCCGCAGACAAGAUGGACGUUGAUGGGGACUCUUUGCCCAUGUCUCGCAAACGGCGGGUUUCUGUGCAUGACGUCGGCGAAGCGGCGUCGGACGGUCCGUCCAGCAAGCGACCGAGGACUUCUUCUCCUUCUGCGGGCCCUACAUCAUCUGCUCCCUGA